UGUUAAUUAUUUUACCUACUUAAUUAUUUUACAGAUAUUGCGCAUCGGGUUGUUCCUUCAAAGAAUUGCACUAUAGUUACAGAGUUGGUGUGUCAACUAUUAGUAAAAUCUGCAAAGAAAUUAGUUCCACUAUCUGGGAUGUAUUAAGAGACGAGUUCAUGAAAAUUCCUGAUAAUGAGAGUAAAUGGUUGGAAAUUGCAAAAAGUUUUGAUAUGAAAGCCAACUUUCCGCACUGUCUUGGAGCAGUUGAUGCCGUUGUUGAUUCAGAAUAUCGUUUUAUUUUUAUGAGUGUUGGCUCGUAUGGAAAAGAAUGCGAUUCUUCAAUAUUCAAGGAGUCAACUAUAUGGAAGAAACUGAAUGAUGGUAGUUUAAAUAUACCAAAACCAAGGCCUCUACAUGCAACACUUCAAAAUGAUAUGCCUUAUGUUCUCGUGGGCGAUGAGGCUUUCCCUCUGUCAACAAAUUUGUUAAGACCUUUUGGAGGCACUCAUUUAGACCACAUGAAAAAAAUAUUUAACUAUCGUUUAAGUCGGGCAAGAAGGUACGUUGAAUGCGCAUUCGGUAUUUUAGCCAAUAAAUGGAGAAUAUUUCAUCGGCCACUGGAUGUCCACCCAGACACGGCUAUCGAAAUUGUAAAAGCGUGUACAGUAUUACACAAUUUUGUAAGAGAAAAGGACGGUCUGAACUUUGAAGAUAUUCAUUAUGCGGCAGAAAAUCCGAUGCAAGAACAAGUACAACUGCAAAACUGUAAUCCACGUGGUGGUCCUAUUGCAAAUGAUAUACGGUCUGAAUUUGCAAACUACUUCGUUUCAACAAUAGGCUCGGUGCCUUGGCAACCAGAAGCGCAUGGUUAAUAUUUAUGUUUUGAAUUUUACGUAUAUUAUUAAAUAAAUAACUUCAAACACUUACCACA